CUCGCGCAGCCUCUCCCGUCCCGUUCGUUCGGGAUUUACCACUGAUAUUGUUGGAGCGCGGCGCGAGGCUUUACAUAGGACGCUGCAUAGAAAACUGAGUGAGCCCGGAGCCCUCCCAGCUCCCAUCCCAGGCUCCAACUAAGGAUAUGUUCUCAGGAUAAAAAGAAAUUACCAGGCACAUUCACAAGGAACACUGCUAAACAAGUACACGAACGAAACAGCAUUCACACUUCGACCCUGGAAAUGCUUAAGCCUGGUGAAGUCGGUGGAUCUUCCUUCCUGAAGCUUGACCCUGCCUAUAUCCAGCAUUGGCAGCAUCUCUUUCCUCAGUCCCAUCCUCACCUUCCUAUUCCACCUCCUCAGCUUCAACAGCAGCAGCUGAAGAACGGAACAUUAAAUCGUUCUUGCCCGCCGGAGCGAGCUGCCCUGCAGCCUGCAGACAACGCCACAGCUCCCCGCCAGAGACCACCAUCAUCGUCUUCGUCUUCAUCCUCAGUAUCCUACAGCUCUUCGUCUUUGUUAUCUGUAGUAUCAGGUACGGGGACUCAGCAGCAGCCAGUGCUAACUGGUGCCGGGCUGCAAAGAGGUGUCAGUGCACCAUCCCAAGCUGACACCCGGGAACAAAGUGCACUCUGCAGUAGCAGUAACAUCAGCACCAGUAGCAGCAGCAGUCGUGUGACAGCUCCGGAACUCGACUACUAUCUGUAUGGUCAGCAAAGGAUGGAGAUUAUACCUCUCAACAAUCACACGAGCGACCCCAACAACCGUUGUGACAUGUGUGCUGACAACAGGAAUGGAGAGUGCCCGAUGCAUGGUCCAUUGCAUUCCCUGCGUCGCUUAGUUGGCACCAGCAGUGCAGCUGCAGUAGUGCCACCACCAGAGAUUCCAGAAUGGCUGCAGGAUUUGCCGCGGGAAGUGUGCCUCUGUACUAGCACAGUGCCAGGACUUGCUUAUGGCAUCUGUGCUGCACAAAGAAUUCAGCAAGGCACGUGGAUUGGACCAUUCCAAGGAGUUCUUCUUUCACCAGAAAAAGUGCAAGCUGGAGUCAUCAGCAACACGCAACAUCUCUGGGAGAUAUAUGACCAAGAGGGAACACUACAGCACUUUAUUGAUGGUGGGGAGCCUAGCAAGUCGAGCUGGAUGAGGUAUAUCAGAUGUGCAAGGCAUUGUGGGGAACAGAAUUUGACAGUAGUUCAGUACAGAUGCUGCAUAUUCUACAGAGCCUGUAUAGAUAUCCCAAGGGGAACAGAGUUGUUGGUGUGGUACAAUGACAGUUACACGUCAUUCUUUGGAAUCCCAUUACAGUGCAAUGCUCAAGAUGAAAACUUGAAUGUCCCAUCAGCAGUUAUGGAAGCCAUGUCCAGACAGGAGACCCUGCAACCAUAUAGUAAAAGUGGCAAGCUACCAUCAACUGUUUUGCAACAUUCAUUAGUCUUCCCCCAGACUUCAUGCUCCAGGAACUUUUCACUAUUAGACAAGUCUGGUACCACAGAGUCUGGGUUUAAUCAAAUCAGUUGUAAGAACCAGCGAGUUUUAGCGAGUCCUACUUCAACAAGCCAGCUAAAUGGCGAAUUCAGUGACUGGCACCUCUGGAAGUGUGGUCAAUGCUUCAAGACAUUUACACAGCGAAUCCUCCUACAGAUGCACGUCUGCACACAGAACCCUGACAGGCCUUAUCAAUGUGGACACUGCUCGCAGUCCUUUUCCCAGCCUUCAGAGCUACGAAACCACGUUGUGACUCACUCUAGUGACAGACCGUUUAAGUGUGGCUACUGUGGCCGUGCCUUUGCUGGUGCUACAACACUGAAUAACCAUAUCAGGACUCACACAGGAGAAAAACCAUUUAAGAACAAACACAGAAAAGAAAUUGGAGCCACAAGGUGCGAGAAGUGUGAUAGGAGCUUCACACAGGCCACCCAGCUGAGUCGACACCAGAGGUUACCCAAUGAGUGCAAGCCUAUAACAGAAGGCACUGAAUCAAUUGAAGUGGAUUAACUGAUUGACUGGAUGGAAUUAAACUGCAAAGAAAGUCAUGAUUAAAUGUCAUGGACACUUAAGCAAAACCAAAGAUUUCCUCUGAACAACUUUCAAUCAGUCCUGGAAAACCAAAAGCAGUAAUAAAACAAGUAAGAUGUUAAAAGGUAUUGAUCGUCGUAUGGAAGAGGGACCAGGAAAGAAUUAUUUAUUUAUGAAUGGGGACAGGACUCAUUUGAAUGGACACACAACCUGGGACAAAGUCCCACCAUGUAUAGCUUUAUUUCUAAAAAAAGACUUUUAACUGUUAUUUAAUACCAAAGUAACAAUAAAAUGGACUAAUUUAUCCACCAUUACAGCUGCAAAUGCACCUGGACUUUGUUUUAUGAUUGCACCUUUUUUUAGCAUGACUUAAUAAUCCCAGAUACUGUUGCUUAUGGUUUGUCUUGACAUUAUUGUAAUUAGAAUAUUAAUAUCUAUGUAAAAACCUGAAAAAGAAAAUAUACCUGAAUGAAUUCAGAUUAAGGAACAUUUCAUUUUAGUUGUUUUGAUAUCACAGUUUGUGCACUUUUUUACUACUGUAGAUUGUUUUACCAAAGCAAAUCAGACUGCAGGAAAAUAUAACUGAUGCAAUAUUCAAAUAUGAAACAAUAUGCCAAAUUCUUUUGUAAACGGUGUCCAGUAAAAGUAUCUAAAAGUAAACAAGCAGUUUUUCUUUUCAAGAGCAUUGUAAAACACAUUACUGUAUAGCUGUUAGAAGAAUCCCAGCAAAUGUAUUGUAUAACAGCAAUGUUUAAAACAUCUGAAAACCAGACAAUACAGUUUGAUGGGACAGAGAAUGUAUGGGUCCAUGCAAUACAUAAGCAGAUGUACACAUAAAUCAUGUGAAUUUGGUCUGACUCUUUUAAACUAUUUGCCAUUAAUGUCUUAUUUUAACAAUUUGUUAAGAUUUCACCAAAGCUUUGUAAAUGGGACACUGCCAAUCCCUUCUGCUCCUUACAAUAAAAUGUCAUUUUGUGCUA